AUGACUUAUUCCAGGCUUCUCACACCCCGCAGCAUGGCAGUGCUGUCUAUCAUCUCCCUGGGAGGCGGCUACUUCACUCUCAAGUCACGUACUCUUGCAGACAAACAGACGGUUCGCAGCAAUGGUGACUUUGCGGUCUCCGUUGAUCGAUCCGGUGGUGGUAUUUGA